UCAGUUCCGGGUCCUGUCAGUAGGGGCGGCCGCGGUCUCGGCAGCGGCCAAAGCCGCGAAGCUGCGCGGCCCGGGUUUCCAGCCGGGCCUCUUUCCCGGCCGGGCCCCAGCAUGGCUGCCCCCAGGGCUGCGGGUCGGGACGGUGCCGCGUUGUCGCGUUCCUGACGGCCCCUGGCGUCUGUGCUCUCCUUCUCUUCCCCAGGCCACUCCAGCAGACAUGUUUGCCAAGGCCUUUCGGGUCAAGUCCAACACGGCCAUCAAGGGGUCGGACAGGAACAGAUCAGGUCUCUGUGUUGGUACCUGGAAAGGAGGAGCUCAACAUUGUGAAACUGUAUGCUCACAGAGGGGAUGCAGUGACCGUGUACGUGAGCGGUGGUAACCCCAUCCUGUUCGAAGUGGAGAAAAAUCUGUAUCCGACAGGUAUGGCAACAGGAUGGCCAUUACUGUAAUCCUUGCCUGGCAUCCGUUUCUCCUUAUUUCUUUCAUUCACCUGUCUUACUCAAAACAUGUAUACCUUGUGGUCCUAUCCUGACCUUCUCCCAGCUUUCACAACGUGGCCUCCGGUGCUUGAAAAACUGGUGGGGGGAGCAGAUUUGAUGCUGCCAGGACUCGUGGUGCCCCCUGCUGGUCUGCCUCAGGUACAGAAGGGUGACCUCUGUGCCAUUGCCUUGCUGGGGAACAGAGCCCCCGUUGCCGUCGGAGUUGCUGCCAUGUCCACAGCCGAGAUGCUCACUUCAGGCUUGAAGGGAAGGGGCUUCUCUGUGCUCCACACCUACCAGGACCACUUAUGGCGAUCUGGAGACAAGUCUUCUCCACCUUCCCUUGCUCCACUGGCCCUGGAUCCCCCAGAUCUCAGUGAAGAGAAGGAGUCUGUCCAGGCAGACCCCGCCCUGCAGGGAGACCUGAGGCGCCUGACCCUGGAGGGAGAGGAGGAGAAUGGGGAGGUUCAGCGGAUGUGUGAGGAGAAGUCCCUAUCAGAAGCCUCGGAAGACCCCAGUGUCAGGGACCUGAACCCAGACCCCACAGACAGCAAGACCCUUCAAGAACAAAUGGAUGAACUGGUACAGCGAUGCUUCUUGCAUGCUUUAAAAUGCCAAGUCAGAAAAGCUGACCUCCCUUUACUCACCAGCACGUUCCUUGGCAGCCACAUGUUGUCCUGCUGCCCUGAAGGACGACAGCUGGACAUCAAGAAGUCCAGCUACAAAAAGCUCUCUAAGUUCCUGCAGCACAUGCAGCAGGAGCAGAUUAUACAGGUGAAGGAGCUGAGCAAAGGGGUGGAGAGCAUUGUGGCUGUGGACUGGAAGCACCCGAGGAUCACAUCUUUCGUCAUAGCCGAGCCCUCCCCGACCUCCCAGACUAUCCAGGAGGGUAGCAGGGAACAGCCCUAUCACCCUCCAGAUAUAAAAUCCCUCUACUGUGUCCCAGCCAGCAUGACUCUGCUCUUCCAGGAGUCUGGCCACAAGAAGGGGAGCAUUCUCGAGGGCGGUGAGGUCCGGAUGAUCAUCAUCAACUAUGUCAAGAGAAAUGACCUCGUUGAUGCAGACAACAAAAAUCUCGUGAAAUUGGAUCCCAUCCUAUGUGACUGCAUCUUAGAGAAAAACGAACAGCACACAGUCAUGAAGCUUCCAUGGGACAGUCUCCUGACCAGAUGUUUGGAAAAAUUGCAGCCUGUGUAUCAAGUGACUUUUCCAGGACAAGAGCCCAUUGUGAAGAAAGGCAGAAUCUGCCCAAUUGACAUCACCCUAGCACAGAGAGCAUCUAAUAAAAAGGUGACUGUGGUCCGGAACUUGGAGGCCUAUGGCCUGGACCCGUGUUCAGUGGCCGCCAUCCUCCAGCAGCGAUGCCAGGCUAGUGCGACCGUCACGCCUGCCCCUGGGGCCAAGGACAGCCUGCAGGUCCAGAUCCAGGGAAACCAGGUCCAUCACCUCAGCCGCCUGUUGCUUGAAGAGUAUCAACUUCCUCGGAAACACAUCCAAGGCCUCGAAAAGGCCCCCAAACCUGGCAAGAAGAAGUAACAGACUCUUGUUUCAUGCGGGCGAUCCAGUGGAAAUCAAGCUCUGGGCUGGUAAUUUAUAUGAGCAUUUUCAGCUUUUACAAAUGAAACAAUAUAAUUCUUUACCAAAAUAAAUUUUUAUUCUAAUCUAAA